AUGGCCCCACUACCGCCGCCACCGGUUGCACGAGAACGGCCACACUACCCACGGCGGGCCCACGCCGGGCUAUACUUCCAUUCAUCGCCACCCAAGGUGCUCCAAAUGACCAAUCAGCUAGCGGCGAAGGAUAACGAUUACAGGAGCAGAGACGGGAUAGUGAUCAAACCGUCGAACAUCCGGAUAUGGUUGCACCACAAGCAGAUGUCCAAGCUGGCGAAGGUGCUGUGGGCCGGCCAGGGGAUGCGCCUGCGAACGGAGACGUCCCACCAUCCGAAGAUGAAGCGAUUCCUAGAGUGUGUCCCGCACGUUAUGGGUGUCAUUAAGGACAUUCAUCAGGCCGUCAUCGAGAACGAUCUGGACACGCUGAAGGAGAAGACGGCACCACCGGCCCCACGUGUCAUACUGACGAGCAAGGACGCACACGGGCUGACACCGCUCCACAAAGCAGCCGGACUGGCCCACACGCAGAUCGUCGAGUACAUACUGUCUGUGUGGCCGAGCCUCUCCUCGGACGAGGACCACGGCGGCCGGACACCGCUGCACUGGGCCGCCAGUGCGAAGAAUAACGCGCGCAGCUUCAAUCUGCUGGUGCAGGCGGGUGCCGACGAGACGGCACUGGAUGACCGCCACAAACCGGCCGAGUACUACAAGAACAAGGCGGGCGACAUCGACCGGUCGCUGCUGUCGGUCAUCCCGGAAGCGCCCAGAAUUUCACAGCAAGGAUUUCCGGCCUGUUUCGACUGGGCCAUGUUCACGCUGGACGAUGAUUCCGAUGAGGGCUCACAGACGCGAAUGAAACCGUUUCUUUCGCAGAAUAAUUUGCUGGACGCGGGUCCAGCAGAUCCGGGGCUGGCCGGAGAUUGCUUGUCGGUUAACGUCGCCAAAUCGAAAUCCGUGCAGAACCUUACCAAUGGCGUACUCACCGAUCUCGACGCCGAACCAGAACUCCCAGCCGGCAGUGACAAAGAAGAACCGCGGAAUGGCGAUGGUCAAAAUGACACACUCAGCGACAAUGGCGUGGACCAGGCAGUAACUAACCAUAAUCAGCAGACGGAGAACGCAAGCGAACAAGGCGAAGUGGCAGCCGAGGAGGACGGGACAGUAGUGGAGCCAGUAGAGCAAAGCAAUCGGGCAGGUGUCGGUCGGUCGGCCGGGAUCGUACCAAGCACUAGCGUUAACGGUGAUAGUCAUCAAGCAGAUGAGAUCGCCGGCGAAACCAUUUCCCCCGAUACCUUAGGGUCAGUGGCUAGGAUCGAGGAUCUAGAAUUGGCGGCAGCUGAUGCCACGGCUGUUGGCCAAGAGUCACCAGCGAGUGGUCGUCAAUCGGCCGGCACCAAGCCGAAUGGCAACAGCCGAGAACCAUCCGCGGGAGGAGUUUCAAUGCACAGUUCAGGUGGCUCCGGGGAGGAACCAGAAGAUGAGCUGCCUAAGGAACCAUUAAAGUCGGAGCCGGAUAGCAAUGGGUCUCCUGAGGGCGCUGAAGAAGCCGAAGUAUCGCGGGACAGCUUGGAGCACGCUCUCACCGCUCCGCAAGACGAAGAAAUCGAACAGGACAGUCUGGGGAAGGAUGGCGAAGGGGAUGGCGAGCCACUUGCCACCAAUGGAACGACCGAAGAGUCCUCAGUGCGCCCACCGACGUCGGCCAUAUCGAGCACCGGAUCGCAAUCGAGGACCACCUCAGGGAAGAGCAUCAGGUCGACGUCUAAAGUUGAUCAAGAAGAGGACGGGCGAACCAGUAGACAAUCGUCGGCCCCCACUGAUCACGGCGACAUCCGGCAGAACGACAGGCAAAGCCCUACGGUGCCCAGUGAAAGCUCCCGUUCUUCGGGUCACCGCACCCGACCCGGUUCGGUGAAGGAAUCGGCGAUCUCCGACGGUUCACGUCCAUCGAACGGUGCUGAUUCCCGGGCAAUUUCCUCGCAGACCGUGGUUCGGGGUGCAUCGUCCGGCAAGUCGGUCGUGUCGCACAAAUCGAGCCACACCGGAACCGGCUCCAUUGACGUAUCGGAUCGGGCCACCGCUGAGGGCGAUGAAGACUCGGAGGGAAACGAUGAUUCCAGCAGUACCGAUGUGCAGAUCGUUAGCUACCGCACGGGAGCCGAGAACGGAGUGGUCGAACCGACCCAAAUCUCCGACGCCGAAGAUGGCAGGGAAGGGAUGCAAAAGGAACCGCAGGAGCAGGAAUCCCAGGAGCGACCGACUACCGUUCCGCCGUCCGAACCGGAAACAAAGCCGCUGUCGGAGGAAGUGCCGAGCCAGGUGCUGGAGAUCGAGGGCACGGUGCAGGGCGAACCGGACAACGGGCAGCUGCAGUCCACAAACCAUCGGCUGGUGCGCGAAGAGCUCGAGGAACGGUUGAAUGAAGAACAGUCGGUCCAGGAUGCAAUCGACUCGGCCGAUUUGGAGAAGCUGGCCGCGAUCGUACUGAAUGGCAAGGGAAAGUCUCUGAUUGGCCGAUCGGCAGACCAACCGGAGAUUCUGGCGUUUCUACAAAAUGUACCGGCCUACAUGGGCAAAAUAAGGCGCGUCCAUCUAGCGGCACGCGAGGGCAGUCUGCGUGAUCUACAGUCGGCCCUGGACCGGCGUAAAUUCGCCACGGCAAAGGACGAGAUAUCGCCGCAUGGCGCAACGCCCCUGCACGUGGCAACGGUUUUCGGGCACGCAGGGAUCGUGCGUUACUUGGCGGGUCGGUUUCCGGAAACGCUCAGCACCACCGACGACGACGGCCGGACACCGCUGCACUAUGCCGCCACGCUGAAGGACAACGGCCACUUCUACAACCUGCUGACCCAUCUGGGUGCCAACGCAAAGGUGGAAGAUAAUCUCAACCAUUCGGCCGAGUACUAUCUGGGACACGUGCAGUCACAGGGUAUCCUUUCCCAUCGGCAGCUGUUGCGCGACUAUGGUGCCAAGGAAGAGCUGGCCGAGGAGAUGUUGAACGAUCAAGUGCCAGACGAUCUGCACAGUGCACGGCGGCCGCUGGACGACGCCGAUACGCUGACCACGCUCGAGCGGUGCUACAAGAUCAUCCACGAGCCGACCGACGACCUGCUGGUACGGUCGGUCGGGCUGCCGAACAACAGUGUGCCGGGCAGUGCUUCCUCGCUGCGGGUCCUCAUCACCUCGUACCUGGCGCGUUUCCUCAAGCGCAGCGUGUUCGAUAGGAUCAAGAAGCGGCAGACGCGUCUGGACCACAAUCUGUUUGACGUGAUCUGGCCGGCGAUGAAGAAGGCAACGAAGGAGAAGCGCCUGGACGAGGACCUGAACGUGGGGAUCGUAAUGCCCGACUACGACGCAUUUGUCGUGUUCCAGGAGUUUCUGGUGCCGCUUAUCAAGGACGUGCACUGCAUGGAGAUAACGCAGCCGUUCAUGCCGCACCCGCCGAUGCAGUACUUCCCGCGGUACGCCGUCAACGAUCAGCAGCUGCCACCGCCGCAGCAUCCGGAGCAGUGCGGGGACGCCGCGAAGAAUGGGAACAUCCUGCGGGAGAAUCCGGACAGCAUACGGCUAAAUCUGGACACCUCGGGCAAGUACAUCACGGGCUGCGUCGUCGAGUGUAGCCGGAACUUGGACGUGUACGAGUUUCCGCUCAAUCUCGGCAUUGCCCAGCUGGAGCAGGUGGAGCGACUCGUUACGGCCAAGGUGCUGUCGACGGAAUUUGUGCAGGUGACGGGCGAGUCGGAACUCGGCACGUACUAUAGCAUGAACGAGGUCCUCGAGAACCCGUCGGAGGUGCGCACGGUGCUCGCGGCCAGCGGGCUUCUGGUGCCGCUGCUCGACCAUACCGAUCCGCAUCAAACCGCCGAAUCGAUCGCCAUCAAUGGCCGGUACUGGCCGUACGGGCGCGGUGUGUACGUUAGCCACGCGGGCGAUCUGGUGGUGUGGGUCAACGUGCAGGAUCACCUGCGGCUAAUGUGCUGCACCGAAAGCAAAAACCCGGCGGCCAUCGGUACCGCCUACUCGAAGGUCGGCCGCGCCAUAAAGUUCCUCGACGAGCGGAUCCCGUUCAAGCACAGCUACUUUCUCGGCUACCUCGUGUCGCGGCCGUCGUUCCUCGGGACGGGCCUCAAGCUCACGCUGAGCCUAGCGCUGACGCACCUGCGCAAGGAGCGCGAAAACCUGCGUCACCUGUGCGUGGUCCGCGGGCUGCACCUGCUCACGGACGAUGGCUUGGUGCGGGCGUGCAACAUGCGCAGCCUGGCGCAGACCGAGUGGCAACUCUUCCAGGACUUUGCCAGCGCCGUCACCAACAUCGUGGCGCUCGAGAAGGAGCUGUCGAUGUCGAACUCUCUGCACAUCGCCGCCACACUGUUGCGCAUCUUUCAGUUGGGUGAGCAACAGGUGGAAAUCCCAUUGUUUCGCACCGAGGAAGGUCGCUAUUUGGCCACCUCUUUAGGCGAUCCCCUCAUCAAGGGGCUGACCGAAGUGGCCAACAAACGGCCACCGGACCCCAUCACGUAUCUGGCAAACUAUUUGUACAACUUCGUCAACCAUAAAACCAAACCGCAGGACCACAAGAAGUCGCCGGGUAACGAUUCAAACAACAACUGCAUUGAGGGGCAAGUGAAACAGGAACCGGCCGAGCGCGACCUAGACAGUUCGGCCCAGCAAGUUGGCGCAGCGUCGGAGGCUGUUCCACCGCCGAGGAAACCAUCUACGCCGCCACCGGCUGCCAUGGAGCCUACGGUGCGGGACGAAAAUGCGCCGUCUCCUGAGGAAUCGGACGUAAACCAGGCACCGGCAGACGAUCGGGACGAGCAUGGUCAGAGUAUACUGCAUUUUGCGUGUGCUCGAUCGCACGGGCGCAAUGCUUUGAUCCAGCUGAUCGAGGAGUCCGGUGUCAACAUUACCUACCGGGACGAGCUGUACCGAACUGCAAGGGAUGUGGCGCUGCAAGCCACCCAACCGGAGAACGCCCGCGAAAUCGAUCGAUACAUUAUAGGAGUGGCCGCCAAAGGUGAUUUGGAGGCACUGAGUGGAAUGCUGCUGGAGGGAUACGAUCACAUUGUGGACGUUGUUGCACCGGAUGGAACCACCAUACAGGAGGUGGCCAGCACACGUGGACACCAGGAUAUGGUGCGCUUCCUUGAAACAGCCCGAACAUUCGAGGAAAAUCGUGAAAACCUCCUCAGCGCCAUCCGGGAGAAGAGGUUCGAGGCGGUGGUAAAACUUACCAAAUCACCAGAUGGGCCUAAGCUUGUGCGAGCAAAGAACUACUACGGUCGAUGCUCACUCCAUAUAGCAAUAUUGAUGGAAAACGAGGACAUGGUCGACUAUUUGGCAUCCAACUUCAGCGCAGUUCUCAAAAUUGGUGACAAUUUGCAGCGAACUCCUUUACACUACGCAAUGGGCGUAAGCAACGUGGAAGCGAUAAGCCGUAUUUUGAUCAAAAAUGGAGCCAAACGCGUGCUGAAAGAUUUGAAGGGCCGUCAGCCAACGUACUACUUCAUGAACAAGGCGGAUAUUUACCGUUUGCAGGAAGAAGAAAGGGAAUGAAGCUCGAACUUCGAAACCGCUGG